UCGAAAUAAGCAGCAAACAGAACCAUUCGACAUUUAUCACGGAGCGCACGGUUUUUGCAGAAUUUAGUUGAUCGUCGGUUCUUGAACAAGACACAUCGAGUGGUGAAAAAAUUAAAUUAAAAUAAAAUCAGAAAUAUUAUAGAAGAUCCCAAAGACAUUUUAAAGACUUUAAAAAAUGAAAUUUUUAAUUGUGUUCAGUGUGCUGGCGCUAAGCGUCUAUUAUAGUGAAGCAACGUUUGGCCAUUUUGGCGGUGGUGGAAAAAGUGGAAGCUCGUCUGGUUCAAGCUCCGGUUCAUCUUCAGGAGGUCCUUAUCCAGCAUCUGGAUCUUCGGGAUCUGCUCAUGGUGGAUCAUCUAGCGGCGGUGGUGGCGGCAGUGGUGGACUUGGAAACCUUAUUGCCUUGCCACAAAAACUUAUUCAAUUUAAGACACAAGCCAUAAGUUCACUCUUCGGAUCGCUCGGUGGUGGUCAUGGAGGUGGUUCUAGUUCAGGCUCAUCUUCAGGUGCAUCAUCAGGUAGCGGUGGCUACUCUGGUGGUGGCGGAUACUCAAACGGUGGUGGUUCAUCAUACUCAGGAGGGCAAUCUUAUCAACCAGCUCCACAACAAUACGCAGCUCCACAACAGUCAUACUCUGCCCCAGCGCCAGCACAACCAGUCGUCGUACAUGUUUACCAAAUCGAAGUUCCACGUGCACAACCACAACAAUCAUUUCAAGCAGCCCCACAACAAUCAUAUUCAGCACCAGCCCCAAUUCCACAACAAAAUUAUGCGCCACCACAACAAGAAUAUAGACCAGCACCUCAACCUGUCUACAGCCCACCACCACCACCUCCACAAGUUUAUAGACCAGCACCACCACCACCACGUCAAUCUUAUGGACCUCCACCACAACCUGUUUACCAACCACAACAACCUAUCUAUCAACCACCACCACCACGUCAAUCUUAUGGACCUCCACAACAGUCUUUCGCAUCUCAACAAUCAUUUGCACCCCAACAACAAUCCUUUGUAGCAAGACCACAACAAUCUUAUGGACCACCUCCAAUUCCAGAUAACUCCUACUUGCCACCUCAUGGAGAAAACUGCAAUGACGCUUCACAUUUCCACUAAAUAGUAUUUCGAACAGUUAAUUAAAUUUUGAAAAAAUGAUUUUCUCGCCAUCUUUAUUCCAUCGAAAGAUGUUUUACGAGCCAGUCAAAACAAUAUACUCUUGUAAUCUGCCAGUUACUUUUAAUUGAACAAAAUCGACAUGAAAAACUUAUAGAAAUGUAUGUACAAGAUCUUUAUGAAGAUCCCUUAAGACGCCUUUUUAACUUGUUUAAUAAAAAUAAACGAAAAAGAAAAAUAAAACACAA